CGCCCCGCGUCCCGGGCUCGCGCAUCCGCUUCCGGUCGCGAACCCUCCGUGCUGAGGGUCACAUUGAGUCGGCCGAGUUCCCGGGAAGAGCGGCGACAGGGACGGCGAGAGCGGCGGAAGCGGCCUCAGGAGCCACCAUGUCUGAAGACAUCAAGACCAAGAUCCGAAACUACCGCACUGCGCCCUUUGACAGCCGCUUCCCCAACCAGAACCAGACCCGUAACUGCUGGCAGAACUACCUGGAUUUUCAUCGUUGUGAGAAGGCCAUGACCCAGAAAGGUGGCGAUGUGUCUGUCUGCCAGUGGUACAAACGUGUCUACAAGUCCCUCUGUCCCCUGUCCUGGGUGAAUACUUGGGAUGAUCGUAGAGCGGAAGAUACCUUCCCUGGGAAGAUCUGAGCUGCUUCCUCUUCCUCCCUUAUCCCCACCCCGAUGUCUGGGGCUGGAUCCCUUCUUCCUUCAGAGCCAGGGAGGAACGUGAUCUGUGGCUACCCCUACUCUGGGGGCCAAUCAUGUUAAAAUAAACUGUGUUGGAAUCAA